GUCCUACCACUGCCACCUGUAGGAACUGCACAGGAGGAAACUGCACUGACAACAUCCUGCCAGAGGUCCUGCAGCAGAAGCAGCUCACAUCAGGCUACUUCAGCCUCUUCUCCUCCUCCAAGCCAACAGGAAAGUGCAGUCAUGGCGGCAGCUUUGACAAGACCAGUCAGCACGAUCCUACUGGAGGGAUCAACAAGGACGACGCGUCAGAGAGCCAUGGGUACCUGCACCUCCAAGCAGCAGAGGUGGCCGUCAAUGCCACCAUGGAGAUCCUGGAGGACAUUAGGCUGGCCAUCGGGGACAAAAACUUCCUGCGGUUGAUGGGAAUGUCACAGUCGGCGGUGCUCUGUUUUGUGAUCGACACCACGGGCAGCAUGGCAGAUGACAUCGCAGAGGCGAAGAGGGUCUCAUUUUCCAUCAUCGACCUGAAGCGUGGCUCUCAGGAGGAGCCGUCGGAGUACAUCCUGGUGCCCUUCAAUGACCCAGGCGUUGGUCCGCUCAUCAGGACCACCGAUGCGGAUGUCUUCAAGCAAGAGAUAAACAAGCUCACAGCCAGCGGGGGAGGCGACAUCCCUGAGAUGUGUUUAUCUGGACUUCUGCUGGCACUCACUGCGGCUCCUCCUUCCUCUGACAUCUUUGUGUUCACCGAUGCACCUGCCAAAGAUGCUGUUCUGAAAAGCAUACUGACUGCACUGAUUGAGGCCACCAAGUCGAAGGUGACUCUCCUGCAGGCCAUGAGGACCUCCGCAGGGUCCCAGAGCUUCUCCUUCCUCCUGGAUGAGUCAGUGUUCAACGUCACUGUGUACAUAACUGGAGCAUCACCUGUGUUCAGCCUCUACAGUCCCACAGGUGAUUCACAGAGCAAUGAAAUGUCUGAUGGGCCGCUGGGUACCAUUACAAAGGUGGGCAACCUACAGCGCAUACAAGUCAACACAAGCAACCGCACAGGACUGUGGAGCAUCACCAUCAACACCACCGAAACAUUUGUGGUGAAAGUCACAGGUCAAAGCUCCAUAAAUUUCCUGUUCCACCUUGUGGAGGCCCAUGAAGGAGCACAUGGAGAUUUCAGCCUGAAGCAAAGCCGUCCAUCCGUCGGUAAAAGCUUCACCAUGCUGAUGUCGGUGACGGGAGGUGACUCUCCGAGCAUCACGGAGGUACAGCUGGAGCCCGCGUCGUCGGGGGCGGCGGCCGUCAACGGAACAGUGGAGGCCAUUGGGGGAGGCGACUUCCUGGUCACGUUCAGCGAGCCCCCAGAGGGAGAGUUCUCCGUGCGUGUGAAGGGGGAGUCUGCUGCUGCUGCUGCUGCUGCUGCUAGUGGUGACCGCGCAUCGUCCCGGUCCGCCACCAGCCAGUUUCAGAGACAGGCCUCCACACAGCUCAAGGCCUCCAGGGUUACUGUGAAGGCAGCAGCGAACGGCACCAUUGAGCCCGGGGCAACGGUAACAGUGCCUUUCACGGUGGAAACCAACACCACAGCGGGCACCUAUACCAUCCAGGCGAGGAACGACAGAGAAUUCACCAUGACGUCCCCCAGUUCCUUGACGCUGAAGACGGGGGAGAAGGCCGAGGGCACGGUGACUCUGACCGUUCCGUCCAGCACCGCAUCCGGCACAGACGUCACCCUCACCAUCGAGGCCCAGGCUCCCGGGGACACAGACUCCAACUACGUCGUCUUGAGCUUUGCCGUCGCUGCCAGGGUCACUGACCUCACGCGCCCGGAGUGCCAGGUGAGUGUGACUGCCAACUGCUCUCUGGACUGCACGCAGGACACGUGGGAGCUGUCUGCCAACAUGACCGACGGCAACGGCACCGGCAUCUCCUCUGUGACCCUGCAGCAGGGCAACGGCACCCUCAACACCACCACCACCGGCGGCGGCGGGAGCUCCGGCGUGGGCAUCACCUUCGCCACCUACAGCGCCUCCUGCUGCUCACAGGAGGUAGAGCUGCUCAUGGUGGACGAGGUGGGAAACACAGCAGUCUGCUCCGCCUCUAUCAGGGACACUUCAUCCGGUGCUGGGCUUCACCACCCCGCCGCAUCUUGCUGGCUGUGGCCCAUGUUGGUGCUGAUACUGUGUCGUCUCUGGACGUAGAGGAUUGUAAAUCAGAGCAGGACAACAGAACAGCAGGGUCGAGGAGGCGUGACGAACAACUGUGACUAGAGUUGACUGUCUUAGACCAUGCAUACUAGCACAAGGUCUUAGCUGAAUUGUACAUGCUUGGUGAGAGUUCAAAUGUGGUCAUGAACCCAACCAAAAUUGAAACACUGGUUUCACGUACUCAUUGCUAAAACCCAAGGAUAUGGGUGCUGGGAUUGUGUAAAUUCUUGUUGUGUAUAUUUGUGUCUCAAUCAGAUCAGAAUGCUAUUACAAAAUAUACUGUAUGUGUUAUUGCAUAAUAAAUGUGUAGGUAUGUAUGCCACAUGGCAUUCAAAAGCUG